AUGAGGCGACGUGUCGUUGACUCAGAGGGUCCCAAGGGACAUGUUGGCGCCGCAGCACCAAUCUGGAGAUCCCGGCAGUCCCGGAGAACCUUCCUCGCUGUCUUGCUUCUCCCCAUCGCACUGCUCGCUGUUGGGUGUCUCCUGCUCAUCUUGAGCUGGAACGCAGACAACGGCUCGACACUUGCCUCCGUCAAGGACUUCGCGAUGGAUGACGCUUGGUGGAACCCGGACAACAGACGAGAGGAGUGGCAGCGAGCACUACUCUAUUCUGAGCAACUCAACCUCCCCGCCUCCCACAGCUUAGCCAUUAAUCAAGUCUUCUUCAUCAGCUGCAAUCGGCAUGAUCUCAGUCAGCUCUACUGGGCCUACAUGGCAGUUGCCGCACAGUGUGAAAUGCUCUCUAGGGUGAAUGCCACGGCGGCGCCGCCGUGUCGGAAGCUCUACGCAGGUCUGUCACCGCUGCUACCCACCGCCAACGCUGCCGCUCCUUCAAGCGAGCGGCACAGGCGCAUAGCAGACACGGAUGAAGGAGCAUGGGCAGAGGAGGUGCCCCUCGGUGCAUGCGGUUCCGUGUACGACUCUCCCAAGGCAGCGAUGCAGCGUCUGCGAUACCGGUGGACUCCACAGCCGGGACUUCUGCUGGAUGAGACUCCGCCCCCAGUCCACCCCUACCCCGGCCCUGAGCGGCGCUUUCAGUCCGCACCACGUGGCGCCGCCUACUCAGCCAGUGUUCCAGUGGAUGCCUUGAUCUGGCUAGGGGAUGCCAUCUAUGCAGACAAGAUCGCAGAUGGCAAGGGCACGCAGUCGCUCUUCUUCCACCACACCAAUUCAAUGGUAGAGGUGGGGCGAUUCUGGAAAAUCCAGCGCGAUGCCUUGGAGUACAACGCCUUCAUCGACAGCUGCGUCGCGGGGGGCGACAAUGUUGACUGGAAUCUGCAUUCACCCAAUCAAAGGUUUCUGAGCGCAGCUGGGAGCAAUCGCACGCGCGUUAUGCAAGCCUCCCCGGACGUCUAUCCCAAGGUGUGGGGUACCUGGGAUGACCACGACAUGGGCAUGAACGAUGCCGGACGAGAGUACCCCGACCGUAACAGUACGCAGGCAUUCUUUCUGGACUUUUUGCGAGCCCCAUCAAGCGACCCACGCUGGCACCGCGAGGGCGUCUACGGGGCCUACAGGACCGACUUCCGCGACGUCGUGGAUGACACGAAGGGAUGGGGGACUCCAGUGCGACUCCUCAUGCAGCAACUGUAUGAGCACGCCAUCUGCGCUGUCCUCCUCGACGCCCGCUCGUUCCGUGACCGCUCGAACGCGACCCACGCUGGCGACGCGAUCGGCGCUGAGCAGUGGGUGUGGUUUGAAGAAUCCCUGAAGAACUACACGACACCAACACAAGAUGGGCGGGAACGCUGUGCCAUGGUGCUCAUAGGGAGUGGCAUUCAGUUCAUGCUGGAUGAGAAGCCCGCAGAGAACUGGGCAGCCUUCCCGCGCUCUCGGGACCGCCUCUUAGGGCUACUGCGAGCCUACCGUGUCGAGCGCGUGGCCUUUAUAACAGGCGACGUGCACAUGGGCGAGCUGGGUGUCGACUUCACCGAGCACGCCAUUGGGGAGGUGUUUGGGUACCCAAUAGUGGAGGUCACAAGCUCAGGGUUGACACAUAGUUCGAACAUGUACUUCCUCCCCACACUCAUGCCGCUGCUCUUCCCCAGCUCACGGCGCGUCGGCCUCUAUGUGGGAGAGAACUUUGGCGCUCUACGACUCUCCAUAGACCUGCAUCACGUGCCGUCGAUUCGCUCGUACCUGACAGACAUAGAGAGGGCCAUGGGAGCGGGGGCAGCAGCGAACGAGUCAGCGGCGCGCUCUCCGACACCACAGUGGCGUCGAGAAGCCCGCGCUGCCGUUGAGCAAGUCCUCAACGCCACCUUCACAAUCUUUUCCAUACCAAACAGCGGCCAGCCAGCGUACCGUCUGAAUUUCCCUCUCUCCAUGCUCACCUACGCACAUGGCCCUGCGUACCGCGAUGCCAGAGUAAAUGCAGUACACGGAAGUGUGCACAAGAAGCCAACGACAUCCCCGACGACGCCGGAAGAGAACGGCGACUACGAGGCGGCGAAGGGUGGAACGGAACGCACGCCAUCUCUGUUGUUGAGGUCCACUCUCACGCUUACGAACGGCACCAUUACGCACAUCGCCCACUACAAAGACACCGAACCCGCACCAUUCAUUACGUGGUCAGUGCGCCAGUUUCAAUACUACGUCUUCACCAGCUUCUCUGUCUCCGAGGCGUUGAAGGCGAUGAUCUUGCUCGACGCCUUGGUCGUGGUAAUGGUGCUCCUCCUGCUAAUCCUCAGGCUAUAUCGGUGUCUGUGGCGGCAGCGAAGCAGCGGCGACAGACUCCCUCACCGCAACGUAGAAGCCUCGCCUCACGUGUCCCCCAUGAUGCGGUGGCGGAACAAGACGCACUGUGGGUCGUAG